AUGUCAUUCCUCGGCGGCGCAGAGUGCUCUACUUCAGGGAAUCCCCUUAGUCAGUUCCAGAAACACGUCCAGGAUGACAAUCAGUUACAGAGGGACAGGCUGGCCCAGAGAGGUCCGACUGCGCUCUCCGGCACCUUUAGAAAUGCCACGGCGAACGCACCACAAGAUGAGAGGAUGAACAGUUUCCUCAACCAGCCCCCUAACCUGCAACAAGACAUCCCGAUGGCCAACGCUGCCGUGCAUCUAGACCCCGCACACGCCGCUCACAUGCGCGCUGCCUCAGCAUCACCAACAUGGGCCAACGAAUAUCAGAACCAGGCUGCCAUGGAGUCAGCCUUCAACGCCCCCCCAGGCACCCACUUCAGCCCCGAGGACUUUGCCCGGUUCCAGCAGAUGAACCAACAGCAGCAGCCUGCUUCGGCUAGGGCAAGCCCCAUGCCAGGAGUUGUUCAUGGUUCCCUCUCCAGCCCCCUCAACGCGCCCCAGUCGUCGUCUUCGUCCAUGAACUACCAAUUUGCCCCGAGCCCUCACAUGAUGAUGAGUCCGCAGCUCUUCCAGCCCAUGAUGUCCCACCAAGCGCCCCUCCAGCAGCAACAGCAGUUCCAAGAUAUCAAGGGCAAGGGGAAACUGGUAGAACUCGACGAGAAUAAAUGGGAGGAGCAAUUUGCGCAGUUGGAGCUCCAGGACAAAGAAGAUACGAAGCAGGCCAGGGCAGCAGAACCGGAGCUCGACGAGAUGGACAGGGCGAUUCAGUCGGAGACCAACGAGUUCGGCGACUUCGAGUCCAUAUGGAAAGGCAUCCAGGCCGAGACCGAAGCCGCCCGGUCCAUGGUGGAUGACGACGUGUUCGACAAGUUCGACAACAACGACUGGGCGCCACCCGACUUUCAAGGGCUCAGCGGCGACUACUGGGGCAGCCGCCUGGGCGACCCCGUCAUCGAGCCCUACCUCUUCGAGGAGGACAACAUCUUCGGCGACGAGAAGAACGCAUUUGACGAGGGCGUGCGCAUCAUGAAGGAAGGCGGCAACCUCUCACUAGCCGCGCUGGCCUUCGAGGCCGCCGUGCAGCAGGACCCGCAGCAUGUCGACGCCUGGGUGUACCUCGGCCAGGCCCAGGCCCAGAACGAGAAGGAGACGGCCGCCCUCCGCGCCCUCGAGCAAGCCCUCAAGCUCGACCCGAACAACCAGUCGGCCCUCAUGGCCCUCGCCGUCUCGUACACCAACGAGGGAUACGACUCGACCGCCUACCGCACGCUCGAGCGCUGGCUCUCCGUGCGCUACCCGCAGAUCGUCUCCCCGGAGGCCAUCCACCCGCCGGCCGAGCUCGGCUUCACCGACCGCCAGGUCCUCCGGGAAAAGGUGACGGACCAGUUCAUCCGCGCGGCCCAGCUCUCGCCCGACGGCGAGCACAUGGACCCGGACGUGCAGGUGGGGCUGGGCGUCCUCUUCUACGGCGCCGAGGACUACGACAAGGCCGUCGACUGCUUCACCGCCGCGCUCAACUCGUCGGCCCAGGGCGACUCGACCCAGCGGGAGAAGCUCCACCUGCUUUGGAACCGCCUCGGCGCCACCCUGGCCAACUCGGGCAAGUCGGAGGAGGCCAUCGCCGCCUACGAGAAGGCCCUAUCCAUCCACCCCAACUUUGUCCGCGCCCGCUACAACCUCGGCGUCAGCUGCAUCAACAUCGGCUGCCACAACGAGGCCGCCGCCCACUUCCUCGCCGCCCUCGACAUGCACAAGGCCAUCGAGCGGAGCGGCCGCUCCAAGGCGUACGAGAUCCUCGGCGGCGGCGGCGGCGCGGGUUCCGCUUCCGCCGCUGGUGGCACCAACACCCACGAGCUUGACGAGAGGCUCGACCGCAUGACGGCCCAGAACCGCAGCUCUACACUGUACGAUACCCUUAGGAGGGUGUUCACACAGAUGGGGAGGCGGGACUUGGCAGAUAAGGUCAUUCCUGGUGUGGAUCCCUCUAUCUUUAAGGGGGAGUUUGACUUUUGA